CGAAAAGCUCUUUUCGUACAUUCAUGACUUACUUUUCGACGAUUUUCAAAGUUCGAUAAUCUUCUAGUUCAUCUCGUUCCUUCCAGGGCUAGGCAACAUCACAUUAGAAGUGUAAGAGUUAAAACAAAAGCUUUUUAACAGCCUACGUACAUAAUUUAAGUAAUUUGAUUCAUCCAUUUUGACGGCACGAAGUUGAGGGUUAAUAGAUUUUGGAGGUAAAAUAGAUUGCGGCGUUACUUCACCAUUCAUAUGACGAAGUUCAACUUAUCAAAGCUCAAGAAAACACUUUCAAAAACCAAGAGAAAGCCUAGACAUCACUCUGGAAAAAUCGAGAAAGUAUCUAAACAUUCCAAAAAUCCAAAGAAGAACACUUUCGAUUGCUUGAUAAACGCUUCAAUAGGUUUCGAUUUCUGAAUGAAAAGUUGUAUACCUGCACAAGUGAAGAAGCAGCUGCUAUUUUCAAGGAGGAUCCUGAAUCAUUCGAAAUAUACCAUGAAGGUUAUCAACGCCAACUUUCCCAGUGGCCUCAAGAUCCUCUCAUCUGGGUCAAGAGUAAAAUUAUCGAAGAAUGUUCAGAUUUAAUGGCAAACUACAAAGUAGCUGAUCUUGGUUGUGGUGAUGGAAGAUUAAGUCAGUUAUUGCCCAGUAAUUACGAAGUGUACUCUUUUGAUCUUGUCUCCGUAAACGAACGUGUCAUUGCUUGUGAUAUGGCUCAUACACCUCUUAAAAACAACGAAGUUGAUAUCGCAGUGUUUUGCUUAUCUUUAAUGGGAACCAAUUGUUCAGAAUUCUUGUAUGAAGCGAAUCGCAUUUUGAAAUCUGGUGGUGUUCUGAUAAUCGUUGAUGUAACUAGCAGAUUUGAUGGAAAAUUCAAUGAUUUUUUGAAAAAGCUAAAGCGUUAUGGGUUCGCUAAACAAUUUUCAGAGAUAACUAGCGAUACGUACUUUGUUCGUGCUCUUCUUCGCAAAGUAUCUUCUUGUUCCUCAGAGCUUGUGCACAGUUUACCGAAACUAAACUUGAAACCAUGCUCCUAUAAAAAAAGAUGAUUAACAUUUGUUUUUUUGUACAUUAUUUCUUUAAAUAUACACGUAUCAAUUAGAGUUCAACUUUUCAACUUAUCUGAUUGUACUUGUUCGACCAAUGUGAAAAUGUUUACUUUCAGAGCUUCGGUAUUGUUUCAUUUUUAAUUCAUGGAAACUAUUAUCGCUCACGUUCGUGAAGGGAAUCUUCAUGAAGUAAAAUUAUGGUUAGAUGAUAUAGAAAACGAUGUAAAUCAGGGCGACGAACAUCGGUUCAGCCUGUUACAUUGGGCUGCACGUGAAGGACAAAGAAAUAUAGUUGAUUUACUGGUUAUUCGUGGAGCUCGUAUUAACGCUACAAAUAUGGGUGAUGAUACAGCUUUACAUUUAGCCGCAGCUCAUGGACAUUUUGAUGUUGUACACUAUUUGUUAAAUUCUCACCGACUAAAUGUGGAUGCUGCAAAUGAACAUGGUAAUACAGCUUUACACUAUGCUUGUUUUUGGAACCAUUUAGAAAUUGCUGAAUAUUUGAUUAAAAAUGGAGCAUGUCUUAUGCAAGAAAAUAAAUAUGGUGAAACUCCAUUAGAGCUAAUUCGUCCACGUGCUGCGGCAUUAAUUGCUCCAUUAGCACAAGCUUUAGGACAUGAUUUAUCUCAUCGUCGACCUUUUCGUGAUACAAGCUGGAUUGGUACAAAAACACGAGCACGAGAUGCUACUUUAUAUCGUCUUGAAGGUGAAUCAUGGGAUCCUCGAGAAGUUGAAUUAACAGGUGCCUUAGCUGAUGGUCAUGGUGCUGAGGUACUGAAAGGUUCAUUUAGACGGUGUCCUGUAGUUGUAAAAAUGUUAAAACUACGAAAUUGUUCAACAAGACAGGCACGUGAUUUCAAGGAUGAAUUCCCGAAACUUCGCAUCUUUAAUCAUCCCAAUAUACUCCCAGUAUUGGCUAUUUUUACUGCCACGCCACGUUUAUGCCUUGUCAGUGACUUUAUGCAAUAUGGAAGUCUUUUUGAUGUUUUACACCAACCAGCUGAAGCCAAUAUACACGGUACAACUGAGAUAAGUCAUCGACAAGCUUUACGAUUUGCUGUUGACAUAGCCAAAGGUAUGGAGUUUCUACAUUCACCAGAAUUAAAAGUUCCCAAUUUUCGUUUGAACUCCAAACAUGUAAUGGUAGACGAAGAUAUUGCUAAAAUUGGUGUUUGGGAUACAGUUGAUACUGUUACACAUGGACAGAAUAUACAACAGUCAAUUAUACCUGAUGAAUCGUUAAUUGCUCGUUUAGAUAUGGCAGAUUACAAAUUUUCAUUUCAUGAAAAAGCUCGAGAAUACAAUCCAGCUUGGAUGUCACCUGAAUCUUUACAAAAAAAAGCAAGCGAAAUAAAUCUUGAAGCUUCAGAUAUGUGGAGUUUUGGUGUUAUACUCUGGGAAUUAACAACUCGUAUGAUACCAUUUGAUGGAAUAAAUCCUAUGAUUAUUGGAAUGAAGAUAACUACAGAAAAUCUUCGUCUUCCAAUUCCACCUGAUUUGGACAGUCGAAUUGUACGUCUAUUCGAUUUAUGUACAAAAGAUGAUCCUGGUAAACGCCCAAGAUUUGAUAUUCAACUCAUUCAGUUAUUAGAUAAGAUGCGUGAACGUGCUUCUCAAUGAAAUGCUUAAUUCACUACUGAUAUCGAUCCCGAUAAAUUUCUAAUUAGUUACAUUGUGGUCAAGAGGAUUUAAGUGGCGCAUGCUCAUUAUAAUAAAACUAGCAUCACAGCGUUUUUAACACAAAACAAUGUUCUUAUUCUAUGCUUCAUCUGCGAUAUUUUAUCUCCAAUAUGAACUUUCGUGUAUGUGUAGUAUAUUAAACACAUAUAGCACGUUGAUGAACAGCUAUUUUCGGUUCAAUAAUAUCUUUUCUCUUAAAACCAUGUUUUCUAUGAAAGUUAUUUCCUUUUUCCUUAGGUCUAUGGAUAUUUGAUUUCUCUAGUGGUGUCUCUCUGAAAUAAGCGUAUUUAUCGUAAUUUCAACCCUAAUAGUUCUUCUAAAAGGCGUUUUGCCAAUUCUUUCUUAUUGAGCUUAACAGUAUAAUAUUGUCUUCUUGUUAUAUAACCACAGCUGAUAUAUAUAUAUAUAUAUAUAUAUAUAUAUAUAUAUAUAUAUAUAGAAAUUGCAUGGCUUAACAGUUGAGCAGUUAUGUACACUUUGUACUCACUCGUGCAUUCUGUUUGAUUUUACACACACAAACACAUUAUUGUUAUUGUUUAUGCUAGCCAUAAGGUUUGUGAUAUUAGUUUUUGUAAUAACUUUCAAUUGGAAAUGAUAGGGUGUAUUGCUUUAUUUUUUUAAAAAUAUUCAUAGCUAUUCUUAUAUACUAAUUGUUAUCUAUGCGAAUAAAAUAUCUUAUAUAUAUAUAUAACAUAAACUAUUACUUGGUGUGUUUUUGAUAAGCUAGUUAAACUCAACUAGGACACAGGCAAAUGCAGCUGACGAACCUCUACCAUAACCAAACAUGCGUUCAAUUCCACUCACUGUUUAAAAUAUAUAGUUUUUACUAAGUCAUCAUUUAUACUGGUACAAAAUGCAUGGAGAAUCAGUUAUUAUUGAUUGAACAUUUAAGCAAGGUAUGGUAAAUUGGAAACGUGUUAUGACUAUCUGUCAAAAUCAUCGGUGAAUAUAUAACCUUUAGUCCUGGUAGGAUCCUUCUCUGACUUCAGUGAAGAUGAUGUGUGUCAAUCUUUAAUUACUUAGUAUAUAUUCUUUUGAUUACUCGCGUUAAUAACAAAGGGAAAUAAAAAGUCGAUUACAAGUAGUAUUCCGGAUACGUAUUUUCCAACUUGUGUAUGGGCAGCAGACGAACGAAGUGGGAAUAGAAAAUUGAGGUAGGUUACACCCCGACUCUUCUAAACUUAAGCAUGAUUCAGCUUAUACAUAAACUAAUAACAGCAUAAGAUGCAAGUAAGUGGAUAAACACGUGCAUGCUAAACUCAAUUAUCUUUACAGAAAACAUACAUUAUGGUGGGAUGGGGUUUGAACAUAGGUAGGUCUAUGUGCAUUAUAGGCAAAUAAUAUGAAGCACUGCAAUCUCCAACAGAAGUUUACAUCCAGUAUCUAAUCACCAUUGAUUUGCGACCUACUAAACAACCUUGAUCCCAUGAAACAGCCAAAAGAAAUUUCACAAAGCUAGCAGAUAGCAUUAUAACGAUACUGAUUUGAAGUAACUUAGUUUUGUGCAUACUAUAAAAUAUUCAGUCUAUGCAAUGUAUCUACACCAUGCCAGAUUGAUACCAAUAUUAUGCCUUUAGAUGGAGCGUGUGCGUAGUUCCAAAGAUUCUCAGUGCAAUCUAAAGAAAACUACACGGAAUAAGCAACCAGUCUCACCUAGAUCAAAGAUCGACAUUGAUAGACUUAUUUACUGUGAAAAUAAGUAUGACUUAGGUUCCACUGGUCAUUUAGUGAUGCAUGUUUCAAAGUAUACCUGUGCUGCUGUAAGUAGUAAGCGAUUUUUAUCUGUGCGAAGGUAAUGGCAUAUCACUUGGAUGAAAGGACCUAAGCCAUGAGUUAUGCUAAUGGUUGGUUAGAGAACCUUAAGUCCCUAUUAGAGCUAUAUCUUCAGGUAAGAGGCAGAUCAGAGAACAUAGCACCGGUAAUCGGCGGCGAGGAUUAAGGCCAUGAAUAUCAAUUCAGCACGACUGGGAAAGACCCCAGGAUAUUUGUUUGGAGAUCCCCAGUCGAUAGAUUAUACUUCCAAGAAAAGAUAGCAGGGUUAAGUAAUUGAAGGCAUCACUAAGACUGCUCGUUUAAAGCUAUAAUAUAGAAAUGCUUGGUUCGGUCGACCAAAAGAACAAUUAUAUUAUGCAUCCACAUCUUACUAGAUUUAAAUUGUUAGCCAAUCUGACGGGAUAUUACAUGAAUGAAAUGCAUAGUACAUAUUAUCAUGUAAGCCCACCUAAAUUUCCAACAAAUCACCUCUUAUAUUAAUGCAGGGGAUAGAAUGCCGAGCAAGCAAUCCAGCAUAGCUAAUCUGAAACGAGGAAGGGCAGCUGGUCCAGAUGGAUUGGUUCCUGAGGUCUUUAAGGAUGGUGGCCCAAUUUUAGCGACUAGAUUGACUAAUAUUUUAGCUAAGAUCUGGGAGUUGGACGUAAU